GAACGAUCUGUGUGUGCAUUGACUGUGUUUUGUUUUUGUCCGGUAUUCUCGCUGUUUUUCUGUAGAAAUCUUCACCAAAAUAGAAUAAAAACGGCAAUAAAUCAACAAAUAACAUGGGUCUUCUGUCGCUGCUGCGGAAGCUUCGCUCCACGCCGGAAAAAGAGCUGCGCAUCUUGCUGCUCGGUCUGGACAACGCCGGCAAGACCACACUGCUCAAGCAGCUAGCUUCCGAGGAGGUCACACAGGUCACCCCAACAGCGGGCUUCAACAUCAAAUCCGUAGUCUCCGAUGGGUUCAAGCUGAACGUGUGGGACAUAGGCGGCCAGAGCAAAAUUCGGCCGUACUGGAAAAACUACUUUGAGAAUACGGACGUGCUGAUCUACGUCAUUGAUUCCAGUGACCGGAAGCGGUUGGAGGAAACGGGCGACGAACUCGCCGAACUGUUGCUGGACGACAAGUUGAAGCAGGUUCCGCUGCUGGUGUUUGCCAAUAAGCAGGACAUUGCAGGCGCUCUGAAGGCGUCAGAGAUCGCGGAAUGUUUGAAGCUGGUCAAGCUGAAAGAUCGCACCUGGCAGAUUCAGGCCUGCUCGGCGCUCGAGGGAACGGGUGUAAAGGAAGGAAUGGACUGGGUUUGUAAGAGCAUUAAGAAAUAGGACUGCUAAUCUGCUAUACUCAUUAGGCUAAGUUUCCUUGUCUGUAACUCUCUUGCUCUGUCUGUAUGUUUGUAGUGUUUUAGAUGUUCAAGCUUCUGUUCUGGCAAAAUCAUAAAAAAAACGAAAUUCAAACCUCCGAACGAAUUUGUCCCGCAACCAGUUGCCUUACCAAAGUGUUUGCCGAUAAAGUGCAAUAAAAGUAAAGUAUUUUAACCCAUGAGUGUAAAAGAAGAGACA